AUGUUGAGAAGUGAAAUUGAGAUCACCAUGUCAAGUUUGGAGGAGCCACUUGGCCUUGACAAGUUACCAAGCAUGAAUACUAUAGAUAGAAUCCAGAGGUUCUCAUCCGGUGCUUGUCGUCCCAGAGUAGAUAAUUUGGGUAUGGGAAACUGCUGGAUUGAAGGUCCAAGCUGCAGCACAUCAAACAGCUGCGAUGAAGACAAUGAAGAGUAUACGGCAGAGACAUUUCCAUGGAGAAUGCAAACAAGGGACCUGUCGAGAGGUGACUCAUUCAAGCAAAAGACUGUGACCAAUGGAAGGAACUCGAUGAAAUUUGGAGCGAUUGAUAAUUCAUUUUAUGCCUCAGAUUACCAGUAUAGUCCAAAGAGCACUAACAAAAAUGUACAGGAUAUGGCAUAUAAGUUUAUGAAAGGUAUACCACUGUUUGUAAAGAUAGUUGAAGUUGGUCCAAGGGAUGGAUUACAAAAUGAGAAAAACAUUGUACCAACAGAUGUAAAGAUUGAAUUAAUUCAUAGAUUGGCAUCUUCUGGGUUAUCUGUCAUUGAAGCUACUAGUUUUGUUUCUCCCAAAUGGGUCCCGCAGUUGGCAGAUGCAAAGGAAGUAAUGCAAGCAGUUCGUAAUCUGGGAGGAAUUAGAUUGCCAGUUCUGACUCCUAAUUUAAAGGGCUUUGAAGCUGCUAUAGCAGCUGGCGCUAGAGUGGUAGCUGUUUUUGCAUCAGCUUCUGAAUCUUUCUCAAAAUCAAACAUUAAUUGUUGCAUUGAAGAGAGCCUUGCUCGCUAUCGAGCUGUUACUUGUGCUGCUAAAGAGCUCUCAAUUCCUGUUCGAGGGUAUGUAUCAUGCGUUGUUGGAUGCCCAGUGGAAGGACCAAUCCCUCCAUCAAAAGUGGCAUAUGUAGCUAAAGCACUGUUCGAUAUGGGCUGCUUUGAGAUCUCUCUCGGGGACACAAUUGGAGUUGGUACUCCAGGAACUGUAGUUCCGAUGCUUUUGGCCGUAAUGGCUGUUGUGCCAGCAGAGAAGCUUGCUGUCCACUUCCAUGACACUUAUGGGCAGUCCCUUCCAAAUAUUCUUGUGUCCAUCCAAAUGGGAAUCAGUGCUGUGGAUUCUUCGGUUUCUGGUCUAGGUGGCUGUCCAUAUGCUAAGGGAGCUUCCGGAAAUGUAGCUACUGAAGAUGUGGUGUACAUGCUAAAUGGACUUGGUGUGAAAACCAACGUUGAUCUUGGGAAGCUCAUGUCGGCUGGUGACUUCAUCAGCAAGCAUUUGGGACGCCCAUCCGGCUCGAAGACUGCCGUCGCCUUUAGCCGAGUCACAGCUGAUGCUUCCAAGAUAUGA